GGAAGGGUCAUGAUAUACUCGAUAAGCUAAUUAACAACUGCUUGUUGCAAUCGGUUAAAGAAGAAGACGAAGAAGAAUGUGUGAGUAUGCAUAAUCUUCUUCGAGAAAUGGCACUGGAAAUCAGUCCUCAUUUCUUGGUGAAAGUCGGCAUAGCCUUGGAGAAGUUACCAGAGGAGCAUGAAUGGAGAGAAAAUCUUUUGAAGGUUUCUUUAAUGAUGAAUCACAUAACAGAAAUUCCUUCAAGCAUGCGUCUCCAAAGUGUCCUAUGCUCACAACCUUGCUGUUGUCCAAUAAUAAGAUUUCAACAAUUCCAGAAGCCUUUUUUGAGCAUAUGCUUGAGCUCAAGAUCCUUGAUCUUUCCUGGAAUCAUCAGCUAUGUAGGCUGCCGAGUUCUAUCUCCAAGUUGGAGAAGCUUACUACAUUAUUGCUAUGUAGAUGUGGGUCCUUAAGAGAGGUACCAUCAUUAUCCAACCUUGUAAGGUUAAAAAAGUUGGACCUUUUAUGGACAUCAAUUGAAGAACUACCGCAAGGCCUCAACAUGUUAACAAAUCUAAAAUAUCUUGGUCUUGGUGGAAGAUUAUCUGAAACGCUUGAUAAACCGCUACAAAAUCUCUCCAAACUUCAGCAUUUACUAGUAUUUGCCAGUCCCAGUGCCAAAACAGAAUUUAAAUGGGAGAUGAUUGGAAUUUGGGGGAAGCUUCAAAACCUUGAGAAGCUGCAUCUUGAUUAUUUGCAUAACUUGAAUAUGGUGUUUGGGGAAGUAGGAGCAAUUGCUGAGUCAGCAUCACUACCAGCUGGCACAUUUUCCUCUCUUCAAUAUAUUAGUGUUUGGCAUUGUAAUAAAAUAAAGAAGUUAUGCUUGGUAAGGUGGUUGGAAUAUCUCCAGAAACUACAGACUGUUGAGGUUUAUUAUUGUGAGCAACUGGAGGAGAUAAUAGGGUCUGAAUCUAAAGAAGGAGAAAAAGUCACUCUACCCAAGUUAGAAAGGUUGGAAUUGAUAAGAUUGCCCUUAUUGAAGACCAUCUAUAGCGGUUCUUUGAUUUGUGAUUCCAUUAGGAAGAUUGAAAUUUCUGGUUGUGAAAAUAUAGAGUGUUUUUUGGUCCAUGUUCAACCCACUUCCAAAUCUUGAAUAUCUAGUCCUUUCUGAUUUAGAGAAUUUGAAAUCCGUGUUUGAUGAAGAAGGUUUUGGUUUAUCGCCACAUGUACCUCCCACAAGCUUUUUCUCUCUUAAAGAAAUUAGGGUUGCUUGGUGUCGUCAAUUAAAGAAGGUAUUCUCAUCUGGAUGGUUGCUCUGCUUCUUCCAAUCUCUAGAGAUUAUUAAGGUUUCAAGUUGUUCGCAAAUGGAGGAGCUGAUAUCGUCAUCGGCACAUGAAGAAGAAAAAGUCACUCUACCCAAGUUAGAAAGGUUGGAAUUGACAAGUUUGCCCUUAUUGAAGAGCAUCCGCAGCAGCUCUAGUGUGUUGAUUUGUGAUUCCAUCCAGAGUCUGAGGAUUACCUAUUGCGAGAAGGUAAAGAGGAUUCCUCUGAAUUUUCCCUUGAUUGAUAAUGCCCAAUCAUCUCAUCCUUUUUCCCUCAAAGAAAUUGUGGUAUUCCCAAAAGAUUGGUGGGAAUCAUUGGAAUGGGACCAUCCCAAUGCAAAAGACAUCCUUUUCCCCUUCUGUAAAUUUUAGCUGACAUGGUGGGAGGGCGCACCGCAAAUCAAUUGGGAUUCGGCUCGGUAACCACAAGAAAGUUGGAGGAAAUCACAUAUGCGCUAGUUGCUGUUGCUAUUGGGUUUUCAAUGUAAUAUAAUCUUUGUUUUUCUUUUGCUGUGUGUGCUGUGUGUUUAAAUAUGUCCAAUUUUAAGUGGAAAACUGGAAAUGUUUGUUUGUUUAUUAUCUGUAUAAUGUUGUCUUUGAAACUAUGUGGGAAAAAGACUUGAAACUGUAUUUGCUUUUCUUGUAAUAUGUAUUUCAAUUUAUUGCAUUUGCAUAUCUCCUCAAAUUUCAUUCAGCAACAUUAUCAUCAUCAACAAAAACCGAGAUUUACUUUCAUCAACAAUAACGGCUCGCUCUGUUACUUUAUAUUCUCAUAAUUUUGCCCAAGGACUAGCAUUCAGGGGAUUUAGCAAAAAUCAUGUUGCGCCAGUUGCAUGUGUAUUGAGACAACUACAGGGGGAAAUUUUAGAGCUUUCUUUGUCCUUUUUAAGUUUUCCUUAAUUGUUACAGUUUUGCCAUUCAUUUCUAGCCCUUGCUGCCCUACCUCAAAUUUGAUUCCUUUUUUCAGUAGUCUCUAUAUUUGCUCUUAAAGAUGCCUACUUUGGCGAUGAAAAGAUUGACCAGAGUUUAGUAGUUUCAGUACCCUUGCUAGGUAUUUGCUAACUGUGCUUAAAGACUGUUAUGCUGAUGUAGUAUUUUAUUUGUGGUAUUGAUGCAAAAUAAGAUGUAAGAGCUUGAGAACUUUUUUUUUUGAUCAGCAAGAGCUUGAGAACUUUCUUUGUUCUUUUUCUUAAAUGUUUUGGUUUUGCCAUUCAUUUUCAGUCCUUGCUUCCCUGCCUCUUAUUUGACACCUAGUUUCAAAUUUGAUGGUUUCCAUGUGUGCCUUUAAAGAUGUCUGCUCUGGCCAUGGACAAAUUGACUCGAUUUCUAAAGGAAAGUGAAACGGAUUUCCAAAAGGAAGGGUUGGGUGUCAAGAAUAUGGAUGCCUCUUUAUAGAGUGCAGUGCAAAGAUUUGAGUGAAUGUAGAACAAUGCUAUGACGAGCUUGUCUUAAAGGUAACUAAAAUCCAGUGUACUUUAUUCUGUAAUUGAUACAGCCGUGCCUUGAGACAAGUGUACAUGUUUGUUUGGAUACAAGAGAAACAUGGAAGCUAAUUAAAGCUUUUGAAUUUGGAUAAUUUAGCUGUUGAUCAUAUACUGAUAUACUCCUGUUCCUGUUUUACUUCUGAGACUUCAAUUAAUACCAUAUAAUGUGUUUGCAUAAUCCUAGAUAAUGUACUAAUUUUCUCUGUUACAAACUUACCUCAGAUAAAUGGCACAAAGUGCAUUUUGGUUAGCGUGUAUAAUUGAAGGGAAAUAUGCAGUAUUCUAACAUGAUUAAAAAUCAGCAUACAAAUUUGUUUUUGCCUAUGUAAUUAUUUUGAUCAUAUAAAUAAUUAUUUUUGACAUUCAAGUGUUGGGACAUGUAUAACUGGGUAUCAGUUUUCUCUGGCAUUUGGGUUACCUUUUAGUGGUUGUGGAUGAGACUUUAUGUUGUUUAAACUCAUCAAAAUGGGUUUUGAAUUUAUCUUUUAAUUUGUAGGGAUAGUGUAGGGUUGAGAUGGAAAGAAUAUUUCCUUCCUGGUUAGAAUUUGAUGCUAUGAGAACUGUGGUUGUCUAUUUGAAUUACUGCACGUCUAUUUGCGAUAGGCUGAGGCAAGGCACAAUGUGGCCUAAGUGAGGCCAACUGCGGGCCCAAUUGUUACUGAUACAGGAAAAUGAUAAUAAAACUACACAGAAGUUAAAAUUUUCUGUUGCAAGGACUAAUUUGCCCCUGUCAUGACCAAAAUCAUCUUCGUUCCCCUGCUUUUCAAUUUGGUGAGGUUUCGAAGACACCUUCCUGCAUUGACUUCAAGUCAAUUCUUAUUUUAAAAUUAAAAGAUAAAAAACAUU